AAUCAAUAGAUAAUAUUAAUUAUGAAGGCAUAACUACAGUAAUACAAAAUAAUAAAAACAAUUUAUUAUUAAAUAUUGAAUUAGAAAAAAGAAAGAUUGCUUUACUAGAAUAUCAAAUUAAAGCUAGAAAAGAAGCUACUGAAACAGAAGCUAUAGAAUUAUAA